AUGACUUCUCAUCCCUUCAGCGUUAUGCAAGUUCAAUCAAGCUCUCUGAAUAUCCCCAUCCUGAAAUUCUCGUAUUCCACCACCUCAGCAGACCGUGCGUCCCCUUUGGGAUGGACACAUCUUUCUACCAACAGUGAUCUGGCUGUUGUGUUUGACCAGAUCUCCAUCCAUGAGACCUCCUCUUCGUUCUCCCAGGGAGAUCAGCGCCUCAGGGUGCUGCGAGGAAGCGAUGUCUUGGAACAGCUCAACUUGAAUUCUUUGGCCCGCGAGGCAGCAAUAGGCCCGUCCCUUUCUUUGUCUCAAAAUCCAAAACCUCACGCUGCCAUCAUUGUAAAAUCUCCGUGUCUGGCUGUGCGCUACCCUAUGAGAAACGAUCAGAUCCGCCGUUUCCAGAUCAAGUUCUCGUCUGAUUCUGACUAUACGAAUGCCAUAUCUAUAUUCAACAAGCUUGGUUGUCCUAUCACACAUUCCGCAGUAGCCCCAUCUCAUCACACCUCUUCAAAUCGACCAUUCUCCUCCUCAUCCCAAGCUUCCUCUUACGUGCAGACAGGUGGUGGCACAUUCACGGUGUCCUCAGGAUGCUCAACUGGAGCUGAUUUUGACAAAUACCAUAUACGACCCUGGUCAUCUUCUUUGACAGACGCAAAACCAAAUUCAUCGGGGCUAUUCAUAAAUUCAUUCAACAACGUUUCAGCAACAAACGCAAACUCCCAUGACCAGAACUAUGGGAGACCUCACACUUCAGCAUUGACCACUACACCCAGGGUUUCUACUUUUGCCAUUGCAACGACUAGUUCCCCUGCCACGAACGUCCAAAGCCCAUUAGCUAAUUUUUCCUUCGCAGCCCAGCGGGAGACGCACUCUGUCACUGCGAACCCCGUGGAAUCGAAUCAAACCAGUGGCUGGCUAUUCAAAGAGAGGCCGUCUACUGCCCCACCCCUACCAGACGUGGAUACUUUGAGUCAGAUUCUGCCGCCGAAGAGAGAACUUCCGUUUGCUAAUCUCAGAGCGACGCAGGCGUCUCUCACACGGAAACCAAAAACCAACCAAAGAGCGAAAGCGACGCUACAGCCUGGCAGUUCAUCAUCCUUCUCAAUAGCUCAGUCCGAAGCCUCAAGUUCUGGUGGAAUCAUUGAUAGCCCGUCAAACACUGCAACUCUAGGAUGGGCUCAGACGAUUACUAGUGGAAGUGCUAGCGCUUUCCCUACCAAUUAUGUACUACCACGAGCUUUGAAGGAAAAAGGCCAACCUACAGCAGUUCUGAACUGCACUGACCAGUUCACCACUACGGAUACUCUAUCCGUGAAUGGGCCUAAUUUUGCACGUACAGUAACUGCUCCAUCCAAAGCUGACUCCGGGUCCAUAUUUACCAGCUCCACGUCGCCAAACACAAUCGACGGAAACAGCAACACCGCGAACGCAGAACCCAUAGCGACAAACUCAAUCCCCCCACGCAUGCUAACGGAGAGAAGCGGACAAGGGCGCAAUAACCUUACAGGAUCCGUAAAUCGGGAUGAUAUAUCCCCAUCAGACUUGUCGUUGUACAUCUCAACGCCAACUCCGGAACGAUCAGCGCUGGUAGAAUCGUGGGUUUGUCGACAGCUUGAGAACGAUAUGUUCCUGGCCCUCUGCCAGGACGUUGAGGGUGUGUGGAGGAGGAUAGCCUUUGGCUAUUGA